AUGCCUCCCUCUUCCUCCUGGGUCACUCUUUCCCUACAGAGCACCAGUUCUGAUCCCUCUCCCCUGAGGUGCCCACCCCAGGCCCAGCCCUUUCCCCAGGGCCUGACUGCUUCAGAAAUUGGGGGGAAGGGGACAAAAGAAGGGAGUAGGGCUAGAAUGAUUCCUGUACUGGGGCCUGGAGGAGGGAGGCGCACUUCCUUACCUGAGGGCCAGGCCUCUCCCCUUGUUUGCUCUGAGAUAGCCAGUCUCGCUGGGGCCUGGCACCAGGAGGCUGCCCUGUGGGCACUCUUCUCCCAGAGCCAGACACCCAGACGGACCAACAGCCGGCAGGACGCGGCCAUGGCCUGGCUCCCGGGGCCCUUCCUCUGCGGGGCCCUGCUGGGCUGGGUCUGCUUGAGUGCCCCCGGGCUGGCCGUGGAGGUGAAGGUGCCCACCGAGCCCCUGAGCGUGCCGGUGGGCAAGACCGCCGAGCUGACGUGCAGCUACAGCACAUCGGUGGGAGACAACUUCGCCCUGGAGUGGAGCUUCGUGCAGCCUGGGAGGCCCGUCUCCUCGUCCCAACCCAUCCUGUACUUCACCAAUGGCCAGCUGUAUCCAACUGGUUCUAAGGCAGAGAGGGCCAGCCUGCUUCAGAACCCCCCCACAGGAGGAGUGGCCACCCUGAAACUGACUGAUGUCCAUCCCUCGGACACUGGAACCUACCUCUGCCAUGUUAACAACCCGCCAGAUUUCUACACCAAUGGGUUGGGGUUAAUCAACCUUACUGUGCUGGUGCCCCCCAAUAGCCCCUCGUGCAGUCAGAGUGGUCAAACCUCCGUGGGGGGCUCUGCUGCAUUGAGAUGCAGCUCUUCCGAGGGAGCCCCCAGGCCAGUGUACAACUGGAUCCGCCUUGGAUCUUCUCCUACACCACCUCCUGGCAGCAUGGUGCAAGAUGAGGUGUCCGGCCGGCUCAUUCUCACCAAUCUCUCCCUGGUUUCCUCGGGCACCUACCGCUGUGUGGCCACCAACCAGAUGGGCAGUGCAUCCUGUGAGCUGACCCUCUCUGUGACUGACCCUUCCAAAGGCCGAGUGGCCGGGGCUGUGAUCGGGGUGCUGCUGGGCGUGCUCUUCCUGUCAGUUGCUGUGUUCUGCCUGAUAAGGUUCCAGAAAGACAGGAGGAAGAAGCCCAAGGAGACAUACGGGGGUAGUGACCUACGGGAGGAUGCCACCGCACCUGGGAUUUCUGAGCAACCUUCUGUGAGGGCCGAUUCUAACAAUGGGCUCCUGGAGAGGCCCCCGUCUGCCAGCACUGUGACGACCACCAAGUCUAAGCUCCCUAUGGUUGUCUGA